CCCCGAGUCCAGUCCACCGCCCAUUCUUCACCGCCCCACAAAACCAAUAGCCUUCCUCCUCCUCUUCCCUCGAGAAGCGAAACAUCUCUCGCUAGCUCGCUCGCAUCGAGGAGUUUGCUGGUAGGACUACUCAUCAUCGUUCUGAGCAUGGACAUGGACGCCGCGCAUGGCCACUACCCGUGGCUCAACUUCUCCCUCGCUCACCACUGUGAGAUGGAGGAGGAGGAGCGGGGAGCGGCCGCCGAGCUGGCCGCCAUCGCCGGGGCCGGGCCGCCGCCCAAGCUCGAGGACUUCCUCGGGGGCGGCGCCAACGGGAGGAAUAAUAAUGACGCCGGCCGCGGCGACCAGGUUGUGUCUGCAGCGACCGCCGAGAUGUACGACUCGGAGCUCAAGUUCUUGGCCGCCGGAUUCCUGAGCGGCGCUAGUGGAACCACGGCACCCACUAUCUCCCCGGCGGCGGCUCCUCAGGAGCAGGCCGACCCUAAGAUGACGGCCCCGGCGCCGGAGCAGAAGAAGGCCGUCGACUCCUUCGGGCAGAGGACCUCCAUCUACCGUGGCGUCACGCGGCACCGUUGGACGGGUAGAUACGAGGCGCAUCUGUGGGACAACAGCUGCCGGCGUGAAGGCCAGAGCCGCAAGGGCCGCCAAGUUUACCUCGGUGGCUAUGAUAAGGAGGAGAAGGCGGCAAGGGCGUACGAUCUCGCCGCGCUGAAGUACUGGGGGUCUAGCACCACCACCAACUUCCCGGUUGCCGACUAUGAAAAGGAGGUGGAGGAGAUGAAGCACAUGACACGCCAGGAGUUUGUAGCUUCACUUAGGAGGAAGAGUAGUGGAUUCUCCCGUGGCGCUUCCAUAUACAGGGGUGUCACAAGACAUCACCAGCAUGGUCGAUGGCAGGCUAGGAUCGGACGUGUUGCUGGCAACAAGGAUCUAUACCUCGGAACAUUCAGCACGGAGGAGGAAGCCGCGGAAGCCUACGACAUUGCGGCCAUCAAGUUCCGGGGCCUGAACGCCGUCACCAACUUCGAGAUCGGCCGGUACAACGUGGAGAGCAUCAUCAGCAGCAACCUCCCGAUCGGCAACAUGUCCGGCGGCGCGGGGCGGGGCAGCAAGGCCCUGGAGUCCAGCUCCCCGGAAGCCGCUCCAUUGCCCGUUGAAGCGCCGCACUCGCUGGCGUUCACGGCGCUGCCGAUGAAGUACGACCAGCAGCAGCAGGACUACCUCUCGUUCCUGGCGCUCCAGCACCACCAGCAGGGCAACCUGCAGGGGCUGGGCUACGGGCUCUACAGCUCCGGCGUCAACCUCGACUUCGCCAACGCCGGCCCCGGCGGCGCCAUGGCGCCUCACUGCUACGGUAGCAACGGCGUCGACUUGCACCUUCAGCAACACGACCAUCAGCAGGAGCAGGAGGGGGAGGGGCAGCAGCAGCAGCAUGAUCAGCAUCAGUCCAUGGGGUUCGGCGCGUCGACGCCCAUGGCGGCUUUCAGCAGCGGCGGGCCCUACGAAAGCUCGGUGACGGCCGGGUCCUUUGGAUACUACCCAAAUGUGGCAGCCUUUCAGACGCCGAUCUUUGGAAUGGAAUGAUUCGGGGCGGUGGAGAAUGAAGGUGGCCUGGCCCUGGCCCUGAUGGAUGCGAUGUGAUGAGAUCAAGACUGACAUAGUUCUCAGAAGCCACACAACACAACAAAGAGGUAAAAGAGGAGGUGGGGGGUAGGGUAGGGCAUGAUGAUAUGGUGCAAACAUAGGAAGCAGCAUGCAUGGAUGAGACGCUGACAGGUCAGACGCAGGGUAGAAGACGACCACUGUGGUGUGCUAACAACAAGCAAGCUAGCUAGCAUUUGUUUCUGGUUGUAUCCUCUGAACUUCUCUUUUCCCUUUCGUAGCUUUGGCCACUUUGCGUCUGUGAUGGCUGGGCUUUGUUGUUUGCUGCUCCUUUGAGCUUUGUCUUUCUGCUGGAGCCAUCAUAGUUUUAGCCAGCCAGCCAGCCCUGUAGAAUGUAAGCAGAGCAGGGACAUCUUUGUAGCUUUUGCUCUUUUGUGCUUUUUUGUAGGUCGAUCGCUUUAAAUUAGAGCCCCCCUGCAUGUACACCUGGAACGGUAUGGUCGCUCCAGGGUUAGUCAGAGAGGAGAUAUAAAUUCCAAGGUUCAUGUUUACUCCA